AUGAGCAGAACAAAACUAGAUAAGCGCUUGGUUAAUGCUAAAGAAUCACAAAAGAAGAUUAUUCAAUGCUAUAAAGGGCUUAUUGUAUCUGUUACAGCUUCAUAUCAAGGCAAAGGAUUAAGCUUACAAGAUCUAAUACAGGAAGGAAGCAUAGGUCUACUUCAUGGUGCUAAAAAGUUCAAUCCUAAUAAGGGAUAUAAGCUUUCUACUUAUGCUUAUUGGUGGAUUAGGCAAGCUAUCACUAGAGUCGUAGCAAACAAAUCUAGAGUUAUUAGAUUACCGGGCAGCAUAUCUGAGCUUGUCCCAAAGAUUUGCAAUGCGAACACUGAGUUAAGCAGAAAGCUUCGGCGAAUGCCUUCCUACGAUGAAAUUGCAGAAGCUCUUGAUCUGGAUGUUUCAACUGUUAGACUAGUUAUCGAGAGAAACCGAGCACCAAUUUCCAUUGAUCAAAUAGUAACUAGCCAAGGCUACAUGUCAUUGCAGGGUUUUGGGUCGAAGGAAAUGAUGAAGGGAACAGAGGGAGAAGAGGAGCGGGGACAGAGGGAAGUGGAGGCGGCAGAGGCGUGGGGGACAAGAGAAGGUGGAGGCGACAGUGGCGUGGGGAACAGGGAGAAGUGGAGGUGGCAGAGCUUGGAUCUUUAUCCGCGAUUGCACAUUUCUAGUACGCUAGCUCAGGGAGGUUGGGCACAGAAGAAUGCAGCAAGGAAAACAAAGAGAGCAGGUGCGACAAGAGCAAUCACAGAAAAUUGGCUAAAGAACUAA